UAAGGCAGGGAGAGCAACGCUGGUGGCAGUUGCUGUGGUUCCCUUCGGGAAGUGGUUGGGUAUUACUGUGUGUUGAAGCUCGUCCAAGCGUCCCGCGUUCAAGGCCGGCUCUCGGUGGCUGCCGGUCGAGGGGUCAGGAGCGCAGCGACCCUUCUCUGGACUAGAGCCAGCCUCCUGCUUUGCCCUAGUCACUUGGUGUCCAAAUCCAACCCGCGGCCUAGGUCGGCUCCGGCGCCGCUGAGAAGGCCGCCGGAGAGAUGUUUAAAAACACGUUCCAGAGUGGUUUCCUCUCCAUCCUCUACAGUAUCGGCAGCAAGCCCCUGCAGAUCUGGGACAAAAAGGUACGGAAUGGCCACAUCAAGAGAAUCACUGAUAAUGACAUCCAGUCCCUUGUUCUGGAGAUUGAAGGAACAAAUGUCAGCACCACGUAUAUCACAUGUCCUGCAGACCCAAAGAAGACACUGGGAAUUAAACUUCCCUUCCUUGUCAUGAUUAUCAAAAACCUGAAGAAAUAUUUUACCUUUGAGGUACAGGUACUAGAUGACAAGAAUGUGCGUCGGCGGUUUCGAGCAAGUAACUACCAGAGCACCACCCGGGUCAAACCCUUCAUCUGUACCAUGCCCAUGAGGCUGGAUGACGGCUGGAACCAGAUUCAGUUCAACCUGUCAGACUUCACCCGACGGGCCUACGGCACAAAUUACAUUGAGACCCUAAGAGUGCAGAUCCACGCAAACUGUCGCAUCCGACGGGUUUACUUCUCAGACAGACUCUACUCAGAAGAUGAACUGCCAGCAGAAUUCAAACUGUAUCUCCCUGUUCAGAACAAGGCAAAGCAAUAACUAGAAUGGAACUUGAGGGAUAGAUGCUGGACAUGGCUCAAUCUAAAAAGGAAACUAUCUGGAGGACAAUGCAAAAAAACAAAUAUUUAUAUUAGUUCACUGUGCUAUGGUUCUUUUAUCUACUACUGGUGUCCUUUGUCGUGGAUGCCCAUGACCAGGCCAUAACUCCAAAAUUGCAUUGUAAGUACAGUGCGGGAUAAGCAGUCCUUUGAGUGAUACGUGAAUGCUGGACUUUAUCCUGCUGCUUGCCCCAGUGUGGGGAAGAUAUUUUUACCACGAACUUACAGAAUUAAAGCUGUCUCAUAAGGCAAUUCCAGACCAAUUAUUUCUUCCUACAGUUCUUUGUUUUAUAUAUUAUCUAAAUAUAUGUAUGUAUAUGCUGUGUAAUACUCAUAAUCUGGAAAUGAAUAAAAUGUUAUAUUCUUGGUUUGUAAAUUUA